CUGGUCGGGGAAUUGGAUAUAGUGGGGAAUUCCCAGUCAGGACUCAUCUGUGUUUAAGUGUUACUGUAUAUCUGUUAAGCAGUUCAGAGCUCGGACGCAAAACCUAAGACAAGGGUGCUCGCAUAACAUGGAUGUGCAUACCCACUCAAUGCACAGGGACCCAAAUCUAAUGGGAGACCCCUGUGUUCAGAUCUUCGAGCAGCCAAAACAGAGAGGCAUGCGCUUCAGGUACAAAUGCGAGGGUCGUUCAGCGGGCAGCAUACCUGGAGAAAGAAGCUCAGACAAUAACAGAACCUACCCAAGCAUUCAGAUUCUAAAUGUUACCGUGAAAGGAAAAGUACGUGUUACCCUGGUGACCAAAAGUGACCCAUAUAAACCUCAUCCCCAUGACUUGGUGGGUAAGGACUGCAAGGAUGGUUAUUACGAGGUAGAGUUUGGACCUGAACGAAGAGUCAUCGCGUUUCAGAACCUGGGUAUCCAGUGUGUGCGAAGAAGAGAAGUGAGAGACGCCAUAAUGCAGAGGAUUACGCGAAGAAUCAACCCCUUCAAUGUUCCCCGAGACCAGCUGCUGCAGACUGAGGAAUAUGAUCUGAAUGUGGUGCGUCUUUGCUUCCAAGUUUUCCUGCAAGAUGAGACCGGGAUGUACAACACCGCUCUGCCUCCCAUCGUCUCCAACCCUAUCUAUGACAACAGGGCCCCAAAUACAGCCGAACUGCGAAUCUGCCGGGUGAACAAGAACAGCGGCAGUGUGAAGGGAGGUGAUGAGAUAUUCCUCCUCUGCGAUAAAGUACAGAAAGAUGACAUUGAGGUGAGGUUCUUCACUCAGACCUGGGAGGCCAAAGGCUUAUUCUCACAGGCAGACGUACACCGGCAAGUGGCCAUAGUGUUCAAGACACCUGCCUACUGUGACACCAACAUCACAGUCCCUGUCACAGUGCGCAUGCAGCUGCGUCGGCCCACAGACCAGGAGGUCAGUGAGGCCAUGGAGUUCCGCUAUCUGCCUGAUGACAAAGAUCCAUAUGGCUGUCAAGAGAAGAAACGUAAAAUUGAAAGCCAGAUGAAAUCCUUUUCUGGCUUCUCCCAAGGAGCCAUGAACUUCAUUAACAGACCAAAAGCAGUGGCUUCGUCAGGUUUGAUGAAUCAGAGAAUUAAAAUGGAGCCUACAAAUUAUUAUCCUCCAUCAAACCGAGGCAUGAUGCGCCAAAAUCCAACAGGCUUUUAUAAUAAAGCCCCUCCGUCCUGCCCCAUGAUGCCACAGCUAACAGAAACCCCACCAUCAGGAACACACAGUCAAGCAUGGUCCAGUCCAAUCGCCAACACCCCCAGUAAUGGAGUGGUCCUACAGCAGGUGAACCCAAGUCCCAGCAUGCCCACCACAGGGGAAAGUGGAAACAGCCUUCCUCAACUGACAGAUAGGGAUCUGGAGUUUCUUCAACAGCCUCGGCAGGACCAGCAGAACCAGCAGGUCCAGCAAUCCCAACAGCCACCUCAAAGGCAAGGACUAGAAGGAGCCCAUAACUGGUAUAACUUUGGGCACCAACAGCCUCAAAACACCCAGAAUGGGGCAACAGGCACCGGUGGGUUCUUGUAUACAGGCAACAUAGAAGAUGAUAUAUUUCAAAACCUCAUCAGCAAUCAUCAGCCAGUCUUACCAAUGAAACAAGAAGCUCAAGGUUCGAACAACAUGGCUGUGCUGGGGUCCAGCUCAGACUGUGUGUCGUCCUUCACCGCGCUCUUGAACUCCACCUCCCCCAAUGGAGGUACCGCAGAGACCAUGAGACAAAUGGAAGCUGGUGGGCCCAAUCAGAGGGUCUCGCAGAUUUCCUACCCUGCCGGCAUCAUGGGGCAGGAGAGCAAUCUUGAUUCUUUUCCCUGGCAGUACUUUCACGAAUAGAGUCGAAUCCCAUAACUGUUUAAUAUUUUGUUCUUUAAAUGUAGGCUCUGAUUCAUGUUCACUGAAUGUAUUUUCUGAAAAUCAGAAGGGCUAGUUGUCCUGGAAAUACUGUAAGAUGCUGCCACCAAUUAGGUAAAGCAGUGAGAUUUUAUUAAAUGUUUAUGUACAUAACAGUCUGAUGGUCAUGUUGGAGACGUUUGGGAUCUUGAGUCCACAAAUGCUCAAUUAUGACAGGUUAAUUGUGUUCCUUAAAGUGGGAACUAGCAGGGAAUUGUCCCUGGGUAAUGGCUAUGUCAUUUUAAACAUGCUUCUUAUCCAAGGUUCUCAAAUGUGCUGUUCAAACAAGGGUUUUCUUUGGUUACUCAAAAGUGAUAAAAUGGCUUUAGAAAACUUGUUCGGUUUUUACUUUAUUCAACAUACACAAGCUUUUACAUUGCAUUUUCUAUAGGCAAGUUUUUGUAUUUUUAUAAAAUGAAAGUUUAUACUACUGGACAUGGAUUUUUCCGAUUUCAUGUAUGUAAUGUUUGAUACAUUCUUGAUAAUGUGGAGGUUACCAAUGUUUGUUUUCACUUAUACUAGUAAUUUGAAUGCAUCAUCUUGUUUCUGUUUCACAUUCCAAAGUUCAGGUAAAUAAAGGAUUAAACUCUCUUA